GGGAACUUCCCAAGCUCAGAGUCCCAGUAAGUGAAGAAAUCUACCACAGUAACAGCCACUUGGGAGUCUGCUACCCCGCCUGCUACUGAGGAUAAAGGGCAGACAACUAGACUGGCAGAGGGUGUUCAGCCUCUAGAUCCCUGAGAGCUCCCUGGAGUGAAAGGCUGGGGAUUGAAAGUAGGGGCCCAGGAGCCAGGACGCCUGAGUCCCUUGCCCAGAUCUCUGUUCUUGGAGUGAGCAUUUGUGGCCAUCAACAAAAGAGCCUCUUCCCCGAGGAAGGCCCCUUGGCAGGGGCUCUGCAAUGUUGCUCCGGGGAUGCCUUCUCAUCAUGCUGGAUGUCCUGAUGUGGCCUAAAUUCAGGGCAGCAUCCCUGCCUUUGCAUAUGGACUCAGUUAUCCAGAUCCUGGCACAAAUAGAGCAGGAAGCACCCACUCUCCAUCCCACAGCCACUGGCCUACUUUUGAUGUCUAGGAGUCCCAUCGACUUCUUCCAGCAACUCUUCCUUUCAGGGGCCCCAUCUCCAACAGAGCUCAAACUUGACCUUCUUGGUCCAGAACUUCAAGAAUUAGCCGCUAGCUUAAUCCAGCACCGAGUGGGUUCUGGGCAAGAGCAUGGGGUAGUACUAGCACCGGAUGGCUCCACAGUGGCUGUGGAGCCCCUCCUAGCAGGGCUCCAGGUUGGGCUCCAUGGUCGGAGGUCUAUAGCCAUUCCCCUGGAGUUCAGAGCCUCCUCUUCCGAAGUCAGAGCUGCUUAUGACGAAGAAGGACUUACAUUGGCCCCUCAAGUCAGUACAACCCCCCAAGAUGUUAGAGACAUUUCCCUGGACUCCACUAUCCUCCCAGCUGUCCAUGCUAACUCCCCAACCAGUGUGGAUAAUCUCCUGGCUGUCACUCUGGCCAGAGCACUAGGUGUGGCCUUCCUCCCAGGCCCUGGGACCCAUACUCCCAAAGGCCUCGGCCCUGAUGGCUGUUGGGACCAUAUCUCAGCCCCCAAGACCUUCUCCCUGUUGUAUUCUGAGCCCCCCUCUGCCCUCACUGUAGCCUUCCUCAAUGGGGCACUGGAUGGAGCCCUGCUAGGGGACUACCUGAGCAGGAGCCCCAAGCCCCACCCACCACUCAGCCACCUACUGACCCAGUACUAUGGAGCAGGGGUGGGUGGGGACCCCCAAUUUCGAAGCAACUUCCGCAGGGACAAUGGUGCCGAACUGACUUCACAGGAGACACUAGCCCAGCAGGUAUGGGGCUCCUUACUCUUGAUACAAGAGUUAGAGCCCUCUCAUCCCCAGCUGGCAAAUCUAUCCCAAGCCCAGCUGGCUGAAGUUGCUACCCAAGCUGCCAAGGAGUUCACAGAGGCCUUCCUGGAAUGCCCAGCCAUCCUGCCCCGCUGCCGCUGGGAAGCAGCUCCUUACCGAGGGAGUCCCAGGAUGCUGAACCUACCUUUGGGAUUCCUUUAUGUGCACCACACCUACGAACCCCACCAGCCCUGUACCAGCUUCUCCCAGUGUGCUGCUGACAUGAGAAGCAUGCAACGCUUCCACCAGGACACCCGAGGCUGGGAUGACAUCGGCUACAGCUUCGUGGUGGGCACCGACGGCUACGUGUACGAGGGUCGGGGCUGGCACUGGGUGGGGGCUCACACCCUCGGCCACAACUUCUUGGGCUUCGGCGUCUCCAUCAUCGGCAACUACACGGCCACACUGCCCGCGGCCCACGCCUUGAGGACCGUACGCGACACCCUCCCACGCUGCGCCCUGCGCGCCGGCCACCUGCGGCCGGACUAUACCAUGCAAGGUCACCGGCAGCUAGUCCACACCGACUGCCCAGGGGACGCCCUCUACCGGCACAUCAGGACAUGGCCACGUUUCAGGGAGGUGAAGAAAAAAGUUUAAAGAAGAGGUACCUUAUCAGUCUCCUCCGACCCCCUAAAUAGACUGCAGAGAGGGAAACUGUAUGCCUAAGUGUGCGGAGCAGGGUGUACUCAGACCUGGGAAUCAAAGCUUGAGUUCUAUUUCUAGCUGUCACUAAUUUUCUGUAUGACCUUGGAGGAGUCAUUUCCUUUUCUCUGGGGUCUCUGCUUCCUCAUAUGUCAAAUGCGGGGGGGGAGGGGAGCUGUAUCUAGUGAUUUCUCGGAGUCCUUCUGAGUUCUGGGCAUUCUAGGCUUACCAUUCUUGUGUCCCUUGCAGCUCAAAUAUGCAGUAUUCUACGAUCCCUCCCUCUGACUUUGUGCUCUAAGGUCCCCCAAGUGGCGACAUCCUGAGAUUAUUCCCAUUUACAGAUACUUAAGUAUGUACACACUUAUUCUUAAGAAGGUACUUAAGUGUCUGAAUAUGUUUCCUGAGGAGCAGCCAUGAGGACACAAUGGUCCAUCAAUCAGUCAGUCAAUAAACAUUUAUUAAGUGA